CCGUCGUCAUUCACGCGCUUCUCGUGCGCGCGAGCAACCGCGCUCUCACAGUACAGUUAAAUACAUGGCAAGCUGAUGGACAGUAAUGAACAGUUAUUGUUUUAAAUAUCAAGAAAGCGCACUCGGCUAUAAUUGAAACUCUUUGGAUCUCACCUUGGAUUUAAAAUACAGUGUUUUAUUGACGUGAACUGCCUUGCAGAUCAAUAGAGGAUCAUUGGAAAUGUCAAAGAAGAUGAUGCGCAGCUGUUGGGUUUGUCUAUUGCUGCUGGGAUCUGUCACAGAGCUUAUUGCCAGUCCUGAGGUGAACGAAAGUCAGCAACAGCAUCCUCAGAAUGUGUAUCAUGACAUUACCAUUACCAGAAACAAGAUCGUGACUGCCCAGUUCGAAUGCUAUCAGAGGAUCAUGAAGGACAACCCCCAAGACAGAAAAACUGGUCCAGUAUGCAACAGAACCUGGGAUGGAUGGUUGUGUUGGGACGACACAGAUGCCGGUGUCACAUCUGAGCAACACUGCCCGGACUAUUACCAGGACUUUGACCCUACAGAAAUAGUCAUUAAAAUAUGCACAGAAAGUGGCCAGUGGUUCCUGCAUCCCGCGAGCAACCGAACAUGGACAAAUUACACCAGAUGUAAUAUGCACGCUAAUGAAGGACGAAGGACCGCAAUGAACUUGUUCUACUUGGCAUUAAUAGGUCAUGGGCUUUCCCUUACAUCUUUGUUUAUUUCACUCACCAUAUUCUUCCAUUUUAAGAGUUUGAGCUGUCAGAGAAUAACCCUGCACAAAAACCUCUUCUUUUCCUUUGUAUUAAACUCCAUCAUCACUAUCAUUUGGUUAACAGCAGUGGCAAACAACCAAGAACUAGUCCAGCAAAAUCCAAUCAGCUGUAAGGUAUCACAGUUCAUUCAUCUGUACAUCUUUGGAUGUAACUACUUCUGGAUGUUGUGUGAAGGGAUCUACCUGCACACGCUUAUUGUCGUGGCAGUGUUUGCUGAAAAACAGCAUUUAAUGUGGUACUACCUCCUUGGAUGGGGUUUUCCACUUAUACCAGCUACAAUACACGCCGUAGCCAGAAGUUACUACUACAAUGAUAAUUGUUGGAUCAGCUCAAAUACGUCUCUCCUGUACAUUAUUCACGGCCCUAUCUGUGCAGCACUAUUGGUGAAUUUGUUCUUUCUGCUGAACAUCGUACGAGUCCUCAUCACCAAGCUGAAAGUAACGCAUCAGGCAGAAUCGAGCCUCUACAUGAAAGCUGUGCGGGCCACGCUUAUUCUGGUUCCUCUUCUGGGCAUCCAGUACGUCCUCCUGCCAUACAAACCCGGCGGGCGUGUUUCAGCAGAAAUUUACGAAUACAUUAUGCAUAUCAUAAUGCAUUAUCAGGGACUGCUGGUGGCCACAAUCUUCUGCUUUUUCAAUGGGGAGGUUCAAGCGGUUUUAAGAAGGCACUGGAAUCAGUAUCGCAUUCAGUUUGGCAGUACCAUCACCCACUCUGAUGCGCUGAGAUCUGCCUCAUACACUGCGUCAUCCAUCACUGAGGUCCAGGGCUGUUACAGCAUCGACGGCCAUACAGAACACCUGAACGGCAAAAACUGCCAUGAUAUUGACAACAUCAUAAAACCAGAGAAUCCCUUCGCCUGAUUUAACAGCGAAAAAAACUGCUGGCAUUUUCACUCAAAUGCCUGACUUGGACCUUUUACCCAUAAUUCACUGCUUGUGCUUUUUGAAGGGUGAAGGAGACGAAAGCAUUUCUCCUUGUAUUUACACUGAAAAACACACAUUACUACCUUCAAGUAGUGUUAUUAAAUGAAGAGACGCUUGUGGCCUCGUCUUUGUACUACACAGUAUUUUAGGUUGCCUAACUGCUGUGUGCGGUCGAAGUGUAAAUAGUUCGCUCUGAGAUAUCACACAUGUAAUGCACUUAUUUGUCUUAUAAGAUCAACCCCUUUUGUGUAAUUACUGUAUAUAUCUACCCCCAAAGAAGACCAGACUAAUGAGAAAUCUAUAUUUUUACUAUUGAACACGAAGAAAAAUAACAGAGUGCCCAUGUAUAGUUGAAUACUUAGACUAUUAUAGAGCAUUUGUUUCUGUUUUUAUAGAGAACAAUCAAAUUAAAAAUUCAUUAGGAAGUUUAUUAACUGGGUCCACAAAAGAUUAGUGCCAAAAAAAAGUAAGAAAAAAAUUAACAUUUAAUCAUCUGUCUCUGAAACCAUACGCAGUUUUGGUAAAUAACAGCGAUUCAAUCCUUUAAUGAUUUCAAAUUUAAAGAUAUGAACUUGUUACUCAUUAACCAUUUAAAUUCACAACAUCCAACACAUUGGUAAAAUUCCCAAUGUUACCAGUAACAAACUACAAAUUAAGAGUUUGGUUCCAAAACGCGAUAAACGCCAUUUUAAAAACAAAUAAAUUACCACCAAAAUAAGUAUUGUAUCUGGUCAAUAUUAAAAAGUAAAUUCUUAAUUUUACGCAAAAUCCAAUAUCCGCCUUGUUGUUCUGUCAUCUUUUCUCCCUUUUUUCCAAACCGUGACAAAUGCCAGUCCUCCUUCUCUGCAGAAUGCAGUAAAUCUGCUUAACCAAUCACAGCGCACCAUUCCACGUAUGUACACAAUAAUGGCGGCCCUUUUAACACACACAGUUUUCCUCAUCUACUUUGUACUUCGUGAUCAACAAACAAACAAAAACAAAAUAAUACUUUUGAUGGCAUUGAUAAACCUGUGGUGGUUUUCUGUGGCGGGGAAGAAACGUAAGCCAUCAAAAUCUAAUAAUUUACGUGGGAGGCACUCGGGCGAAGGAAAAAUCAAGAAAAUCGGGCAGGAUCGCUAUCAAAAAAGUUCAGCAACGAUGUCCCAAGUAUGACCGCACCAAUGACAGUGUUUUUAAUAUGACAAAGUCAGUGUUUUGAUUAAUGCCAUUAAUGUUUAGUUUUUUUUAAUCAGUGUAUAUCACUAGUCAACUAAAUGAAUAUAACAUGGCAAAGAUGAAUGCACAUUUAUAUAUUGAUUCAAUAGAUUUAUAGCAUUUUGAUUUUUUAUAGUAAAUCUUUGAAAAACAAAUUAUGGAUUUGAUGGAUGUUAUUAUAACCUAAAGAUGCUAUGUGAAAAUUUUUAACAGAAAAUAGUGGUUUUCAUCUUGUCACUUUCUUGUAAUAGAAAACACGUUUUUACCCAAAUUAGUCGAAAUAGAUUUAUUGCGUUUUGGAACCAUACUCUUCAAAUAUAGUGAUUCCUCAUCAUAAUUCAAAAACAUCUGCUUAAUGGUCCUCAAAAAUUACACUGGACCAUAGUUUCUGUAACAUUUGUGACCAUGGACCACAAAUCCAGUCAUAUGGGUCAAUUUUUUGAAAUUGAGAUUUAUACAUCAUGUGAAAGUUGAUUAAAUAAGCUUUCCAUUUAUGUAUGUUUGUUAGGAUACACUGUAAAAAUUUGCUGUAAUUUUGCAGCUGGUUGCCAGUAACUUACUGUAGAAGAUAAAAUCUAAAAAUGUUUCAUGUUUAUUUAACUUUGAACAAAUUGUUGUCAGUAAAUAACAAAUGUAAAAUCUACAGUAAGUUACUGGCAGCUAGUUGCCAGUAAUACCCAGUAAUACUGUAAUUUCUACAGAAAUGUUUUACAGUGUAGGACAAGAUUUGAAAAUCUGAAAUCUGAGGGUCAAAAUAUUGAGAAAAUUGCAUUUAAAGUUGUCCAAAUUAAGUCCUUAGCAACUGCUUCCACUCACAAAAUAAAGUUUUGAGAUAAUCACAGUAGGAAGUUUACUUGCAUUAUAUCCUAACGGUGUUUGCACUGUAAAAAAAAUUCUGUAGAAAUUACAGUAUUACUAGGUAUUACUGGCAACUAGCUGCCAGUAACUUACUGUAAAUUUUACAUUUAUGUUAUUUACUGGCAACAGUUAAAUGAACAUGAAACAUUUUCAGUCUUUAUCUUCUACAGUAAGUUACUGCCAGCCAGCUGCAUAAUUACAGCACAUUUUUUUACAGUGGAAUAAAAGAAAAAUCGAUAAUUUUGUCCCAUACAAUAUAUUGUUGGCUGUUGGUACAAUGAUAACUACACUACUUGUGACUGUUUUUUCACUAAAUGUGAAAGCCUUACAGCAUGAUAACAUACGAAACAGUAUAUUGUGUGUCAUAUUCUAAUCAGUUUUCCACAAUGAAACCUAUACUGCAAAUGCCAAACCCAAUCCUUCAGUAUUGAUUUAAUUUUAUGACUUCAUAGACUUAUAAGUGCAUGAUUAAUCUGUGACUGAAUCAAGGUACAAUAUUGCACUACCAAGAGUAUAUUAUUCAUUAGCUCUCUCAGUAUAGUACAGUAUAUUUACAGUAUAGUACAGUAAAUACAUCACUUUCUUGUGUAGUGUCAUUCAUAACAUAAUAAAGACUGCUCAUAUGUAAUUCAUCUUCUAACCUAAACUGCCUAAAUCACUUUACAUACAUUCCAUACGAGCGGCUAAGGGUUUAUUUUUGUUAGUCACAUUAUAUUUACUCUGUUUUGGAAAUAUAUUUCUGCCUAACUGCUACUUUUUUUCCAUAUCCUGACAAAUGUUCAUAUAGACUUUCUGAAUAGGAAUGUGUUUAUACUAUGUAAAUAUUAUAUUUUUAGCUUUAAAUAUAUUUAAAGGGGUGUGCAUUGCUUUGGCCUUGCUUUGCAUUGUGUAUUCCCUUUCAUCGUAAACAACAGAUGUAACUUUACUCUGGUUUCAUACAGUACACACCAGUGUUGACAUGCAUACCAUAGCAUUUCGCACUAUGUAAAGAAAUGCCAGUCAAACAUCAGCUGUAUUGUUUAUUUCAGGUUACCCCAAUGCAAUUGAAACCCACUUUUACUUCAAUGUGAGUUCACUUUUCAUAAGUGUGAGCCAUUUACUGUUGCUUAUCUUAAUGUUUUUGUUGUUGUGUUGUCUGAUAUUUUGUGUGUUUUAGUGAAAACACUCACUGCAGGACAGUUUCAUGUGUGUUGUAGUACUGUAUGUCGCAAAUAUUACAUACAUAUGCUUUUUUGUCCGAUAUGGUAUUUAAAGUUGCAAGUUGAUAUCAGAAUGUUAAAUUAUGUAUAUCAUAUGCUGCAUUUAAACCAUUACACAUUUCUUUUCUGUAUGAAUGUACUGUGUUUUUCCCGAAUUGUCCUACUGGGGUGUAUUCGUCUAACAUUUAUUAAAAUGUGGGAAUAAUGUG